AUGUUUGGAACUUAUGAUGAUUCUCAUAUUAAACCUCUUUUUACUGAAGAUGAAAAUAAAAAAGAAAAACACACCAAUUUAAGGAAAUCUGUUACAGAAUUAUCUAGUGAAGAAAUAAAACAUUUAGAUAAUAUUUAUCAACAACUUAUUAAUACUAAUUCUUUUCCUACUCUUAGUGCUCUUGAAAAUCUUUUUAAUGAAAAUAGAAUAACACCACAUUUAUUAACUAUUGAUAUAUUAAAAGGAUCAGGAUAUAUUGAACGUCGUAUUCCUUUUGGAAUAGAAAAUGAAAAUAUUUCAUUAAAUUAUAACUUUCUUGAAGAUAUGAAAAUGAAAAUUAAAAAUACACCACCUCAAUUAGUAAAACAAAAUAGAGAAUAUGUUAUUCAACGACACCUUUAUGCAAUAAGGGAAGAUGGAACAUUAUUAAGGCCAUUAAUUAAUGAAAAUGGUAUUUCCAAUUCAGAGAUGAUUAAUUGGAUUAUAGAAAUAGUUCGUGGUAUUUCUAUAACAACAUAUCCACCAAAAAAAAUUUAUUUUGCAGUACACCAGUAUUAUAAAUUUAUAUUUUCUGAUCAACAAAUACUAACAAACCUAAAAACAAUUCCUGGAGGUGAUAUGAUAAAUGUAAUUUAUAUAGAAGAUGCUGUAUAUCCGAUUAUUCCAAUUAACAUCAUUUUUAAUAAAGUACUUGAAUUAAUCUUAUUCAAAAAUCAAAGUUUGACAGGUCAGAUAAUAGAAAAUGAAAUAAAGUAUUGUCUAACACCAACACUUUUAAACACUCUUCUUUAUGAAUGGUAUGAAUUACGUAAAUUAAAAGCUAUUGAUUAUCGUGUAUUAAAAAAACAAAUUGAUCAAUUUACUUGUAAACCAUCAAAUUUUGUUAUUAUAAAUGGAAUAAAAGAAGGUAUUGACUAUAAUGAUCCACCAAGUACAAUAUUCAAUUUGGAUUGUGUCCCUCCAAUAUAUAGACAAAUAAUGUUUGAUUUAUUAUGUUCAUCUCCUGAAUUGAAAAAUUGUAAAUCAAAGAAUGAACAAAUAGAAUUUAUCUCAAAAUAUAAAAAUAAAUAUUCUUUUAAUGUUGAUGAAAUCUUUUUAAAUAAAAAAGAACCUCAAAAGAGAUUAUUAAUUGAAUAA